UGGGCGUGCCGCUGCCCGUCCGCUCUUCAGCAGCCGGCCGGGGGCGGUGGAAGAGCGAGUGAGAAGAGCGCGACGGCUGCUGCGGAGCCAUCGCUGGACAACCUGGGAGGAAGUGAGGCCGUCGCCUCUGCGUCCAGAAUACCUAAGUGCUGGGGUGCUGAACCGAGUCCGAGGAGAGAACUAAUCCAAGUGGAGUUAAUCAGGGAAGGUUUCCUGGAAGAGGAUCAGAAUGGUUUCAAUCCCAGAAUACUAUGAAGGCAAGAAUGUCCUCCUCACUGGAGCAACUGGUUUCCUAGGGAAGGUACUUCUGGAAAAGUUGCUACGGUCUUGUCCUAAGGUGAAUUCAGUGUAUGUUUUGGUGAGGCAGAAAGCUGGACAGACACCCCAAGAACGAGUAGAAGAAGUCCUAAGUAGCAAGCUCUUUGACAGAUUGAGAGAUGAAAAUCCAGAUUUUAGGCAGAAAAUUAUAGCAAUCAACAGUGAACUCACCCAACCUAAACUGGCUCUUAGUGAAGAAGAUAAAGAAGUCAUCAUAGAUUCUACCAAUAUUAUUUUCCACUGUGCAGCUACAGUAAGGUUUAAUGAAAAUUUAAGAGAUGCUGUUCAGUUAAAUGUGAUAGCUACAAGACAGCUUAUUCUCCUUGCACAACAAAUGAAGAAUCUGGAAGUGUUCAUGCAUGUAUCAACAGCAUAUGCCUAUUGUAAUCGAAAGCAUAUUGAUGAAGUAGUUUAUCCACCACCUGUGGAUCCCAAGAAACUGAUUGAUUCUUUAGAGUGGAUGGAUGAUGGCCUAGUAAAUGAUAUCACGCCAAAAUUGAUAGGAGACAGACCUAAUACAUACAUAUACACGAAAGCAUUGGCAGAAUAUGUUGUACAACAAGAAGGAGCUAAGCUAAAUGUGGCAAUUGUAAGGCCAUCUAUUGUUGGUGCCAGUUGGAAAGAACCUUAUCCAGGAUGGAUUGAUAACUUUAAUGGACCAAGUGGUCUCUUCAUUGCGGCAGGGAAAGGAAUUCUUCGAACAAUGCGUGCCUCCAACAGUGCCCUUGCAGAUCUUGUUCCUGUAGAUGUAGUUAUCAACACGAGUCUUGCAGCAGCCUGGUAUUCCGGAGUUAAUAGGUAUAUGAGACCAAGGAACAUCAUGGUGUAUAACUGUACAACAGGCAGCACUAAUCCUUUCCACUGGGGUGAAGUUGAAUACCAUGUAAUUUCCACUUUCAAGAGGAAUCCUCUCGAACAGGCCUUCAGACGGCCCAAUGUAAAUCUAACCUCCAAUCACCUUUUAUAUCAUUACUGGAUUGCUGUAAGCCAUAAGGCCCCAGCAUUCCUGUAUGAUAUCUACCUCAGGAUGACUGGAAGAAGCCCAAGGAUGAUGAAAGCAAUAACUCGUCUUCACAGAGCUAUGGUGUUUCUUGAGUAUUUCACAAGUAAUUCUUGGGUUUGGAAUACUGACAAUGUCACUAUGUUAAUGAAUCAGCUUAACCCUGAAGAUAAAAAGACCUUUAAUAUCGAUGUAAGGCAAUUACAUUGGGCAGAAUAUAUAGAGAACUACUGCAUGGGAACUAAGAAGUAUGUAUUGAAUGAAGAAAUGUCUGGUAUCCCUGCAGCUAGAAAACACCUGAACAAGUUGAGAAACAUACGAUACGGUUUUAAUACAAUCCUUGUGAUCCUGAUCUGGCGUGUUUUUAUUGCAAGAUCACAAAUGGCAAGAAACAUCUGGUACUUUGUGGUUAGUCUGUGUUACAAGUUUCUGUCAUACUUCAGAGCAUCCAGCACUAUGAGAUACUGAAGUCAAGAAUACAGCAUUAGAACAUCUAUGCAUAUGGUGGUCUAAAUGCACAAAAUGUAAAAUGUACUUAAGUCAUCUCACCUUUGUCAAGACAUUAAACCAUCUUAGAUCG